AUGUACAACAUCACUCCAAUUGUCCCAAAACUUACCAAGUACAACGUCGUCGUCGACAUGCCUGUCUCCAUGGAGCUCUCUGAGCAGAAAACCGCACCUCACAAAUCGAACAAACUUGAGCUCAUCGUCUUUGCCGGAUUUGUUGUGCUUGCCGUCGUUACCUUCCUUGAAAUCCAGAAAAUUAUCUGA